GUCGCCGCACACACACCAGCAGCAGAACAAAGCACCAUGCAAGUGGCUCAACGCACUACAGUUUGAUACAUUAUACCCACGACCUCAUCCACGUCAAUCAAAAUAGAACGCGCGCCGACCGCAACCAACCACCCACGCAUCGAUCGAGAGUCGAGACUAGUUCAGCUUAGACCCUUCGCGGUACGGUGUCCGCUCCAUAAACUGUUGUCGAUGUGCGCGCUAGGUGCGUUCGAGCUCUAGACGACACUAGUCAGUACGUCUAAGCCAAGCAACGAGGCUCGGCAGUACCAGUCAGUGCCUGCCAGCUGUCCUCACGAGUCACGCAGCCUUGGGUCUUUCAGAGGCCCGUGUCGCUCAGAAGCCCCGUGCGCUCAGGCCUGCGAUUCUAACGCGAUCGAAAUCAUUGACUGUAACGUUAUGACUUUUGAGUCGACUCAAAUGUAACGUUACCUGAGAUGUGAACGUGCAAUUCCGCUGCGCCCCUCUGGUAACCUCGUUUUGACCCAGUGGGUAGCGAGGCGUUAUAUUUACAACAUCGAAAUCACCGAUAUCCUCUUUUUUUUCUUUUUCUUUUUUUCCACGGGACCGCCGUUACACGCAGAUCGCCCCGUGCGUUAGGUCGCCCCGGUCCUCAGCGUCACUACGUCACGGACUAGGUCCCGCUUGUUCUGAGAAAUUAUCGACAGUUCGCAUAGCUCCGCCAAUCUCGCGGCAAUGGCGGUUCUGCGGAAGACUAGUAUUUCCCUUCUCCCCCGCGUUUCUCUCGCCGCACCCGUCGCGCUGUUGCUGCUACUCUCUUCCGCGCUGACAGCCUCUGCACAGCCUUGGCGGAAGCCUUCCGCCAACGGGCAGGCGGGAGCCACGCGCGCGGCCGUUACUAUCCACAAGCUGGCGGAGCGGCUGCUGUACGCGGGCACGGGGAAGCUUGCGCCUUUGCGGAGAGGCGCAGGCGCUGCUGCGGCGGAAAUUUCUCACUCCGCCGAGUCCGCCGACAGCAUUGGUGUCGCGAAAAAUGCUGCAUCUGCGGAGUCCGCGGAUCCCCUAGCGUGGCCUUCGGACCUUCCGCGUGACGCUACCCCGCAGGCCACCCGCGGGAUCGACUCGCCGCGCGCGAAUCAUCACAACACGGCCGCAGCGGGCGGCGGUUUAGCGACUGGCGCGCGGCGCAGGAUGCCGCGGAAUCCCGCCGUGCGGCGGAUAUGGGCGGAGAAAUGGCGCAAGGAGGGGGCAGGGCAGCAACAGGGGGAGGUCAGCAAGCAGCAGGCAAACGAGCGCAACAGGACAAGAUCGGCAGCGGCGGCGGCAGCGGCGGAGGCGGAGUUAAAGAGGGUGGUAGUGAGGAAAGCGGCGGUGGGGUUUCCUGGGAUCAACCAGAAGACGCUCGUUACGAGCGGCUCACCGCCCAAAUACAACCGAAGCAUGAUCCGAGUGACACCACCGGAUGUGGUCAUGUGUGUGGGGAACGGAUUCAUCCUCCAUACAGUCAACUCCGCCAUGGUAGUGUAUAACACCAAGGGGCGGCAGCUGACUGCAAUCACUCCGCAUCACGAGUUCUUCAACGCACUGCCAUACAUGACGUGGAAGGGUCCAUUGAGGCGUCCAUCAGGGGCGACAGCAUCGGCGACAUGACGUGCGUGUAUGACCGCAGGGCCAAGCGCUUCUACCUCGCCACAUACUGGACUUCAGGUGGCAGUAAGAAUGCGUAUGACAGGUUCGGCCAAACAAGGCGCCGGGGGGGAGGCGAGACGGUUGGGUCCGGGCUGCUGGUGGCUGCCUCUACCACCUCCAACCCUACCCAACCGUGGAACCUCUUCUUCAUCCCUGCAUCCAACGAUGGGAAGAACUCGAACGCGGAUUUUCGCCCUCCCCUCAACCUCCCAACUCAGGGACUGGUCACUUUCAUGGACUACCCCCAGACAGGCGCAGAUGCAUAUGGUUUCUAUGUGUCAGCCAAUCACUUCUCUUAUGAGGAUUCAGGGUACUUUGGAGUCAGCAUAUAUGCUAUCUCCAAGGUGCAGCUAUCUCGCCCUAGGAGCACUUUCAUCCUCCGUAUAGCCAUCCCCACUAACAGCGACCCCACCACCCCAGACUACACCGUCUGGCCCCAGAAGGUAGCAGCGGACAGUGCCUACGACACCAGCAACGGCGGCACCAUGUAUUUCGGUUAUAACGAGGAUGCAACGGGCACGUCUGAUUUCAGUCCCGUCACCGGCUUCACCUAUAUCGGGGCGUUCCUUAUAACGGGGACAGGCUACCUGGGCACCAAACGGGCGCUAUCCCUAGUGCAGACCUACUAUGCUGCCGUAUCCUCUUCCGGAUUUUACACUCCAGGCCUCUUAGUACAGAAAUGGGGCCCGGUGCCUUUGGCAUGGGUGUAUGGGACUACGAUAAAGCCGAUAGACCCAUCAACUACGGACGUGCGAGGGGUGGUGGUAGAUGCAGUUAAAAAGCAGAUGUGGAUGACUUUUACAACUGGCGCAACCUUGGAUUUGCUACCCUUUGUGGUGGUGGCUCGGCUUCGCAUGACGCUCGUUCCCCAGAGGAAGUGGCAGCCGCUUCGGGUAGUUCUGGAGCGGUUCAAAUGGGUUGGAGUGAAAGGGAAUGGGUUGAUUCAGCCGAGUGUUGCGCUGAACAGGCAUGGGAAGGGGAUCAUAGCCACGUCGCUUGCCGGCCCGUCCUACUACCCCUCCGCUGCCUAUGCCACAUUGAAUGCGGAUGCAGUUGUGGGUGAUGUGGUGGUGGCUGGUGCUGGUGCUGCAGCAUUGGAUGACUACUCAGGGUACAUGGGCUUCGGUGCAGCGGUUCGCUACGGCGACUACAUGACAGCAGCUAUCGACGAGGAGGGCAAUGCAUGGGGUGCCGUGCAGUAUGUGCCGGGGAGGCCCAGAAGCUACUGGAGCAACUGGGCCACUUAUAUCUUCAAGGUGGUGCUGUGAUCAGGAGUGAACGCCCCUAGGGCAGCAGCUUGAGAUGGGGAGGGUGUCAACUUAUACAUAUUAUCUAUGUAGAAGUUAUAGGCUAGACUGAGGUAUGCUUCUAGUGAGUACAACCAACUAGUAUUUGUUCUAGGUUUCCACCUCUAGUAAUCAUUCGGGGUGUGUCAACUUAUACAUAUUAUCUAUGUAGAAGUUAUAGGCUAGACUGAGGUAUGCUUCUAGUGAGUACAACCAACUAGUAUUUGUUCUAGGUUUCCACCUCUAGUAAUCAUUCGUUUCUACGU